AGAAACAAUGGCGGCAGAAGACGCUUCAGACAAAUCCAAAGCAAAGUCAUUCGAAGAUCUUGGGAUAUCCGAGCAGCUUGCAGAGACAUGCCGUGCCCUGGGUUGGAAGCAUCCAACGGACAUCCAGCAGGAGUCAAUCCCAUGGGCGUUGCAGGGAAGAGAUCUGAUAGCGCUGGCUAAGACAGGUUCUGGCAAGACAGGGUCAUUUGCCUUGCCGAUCAUUGAAGCGUUGUUGAAGAACCCUGCACCAUAUUUUGCAGUUGUGAUCUCACCCACACGCGAGUUAGCGUCGCAGAUUGAGGAACACUUUCAGGCGCUGGGGAAGGGGAUCGGACUCAAGACCGUCUCAGUGAUCGGAGGAAUAGACGAAGUGACACAGAUGAGAAUGCUGGCAAAAACUCCUCAUGUGAUCGUUGGAACUCCCGGUCGUCUCCUGUAUAUGCUUCAGAACAUGAAAGGUUUCAGUCUUCGAAAUAUCAAGUACCUCGUGCUGGAUGAGGCUGACAGGUUGCUGCACGAGGAUUUUGAAAAGCAGCUCGAUCAAAUCCUCGAAGUUCUUCCGAGAGAGCGUCAAACUUUCCUCUUCUCCGCCACUAUGACGUCCAAAGUCCAGAAGCUGCAGCGAGCGUCGCUGAGAGAUCCGAUCAAGGUGGAGGUAGCCAGCAAGUACUCAACUGUCGACACCCUCAAGCAGCAGUAUAUGUUUGUACCUCACAUGCACAAAGACACUUACCUUGCGUACCUUCUGAACGAGCUAGCGGGCAACACGACGAUUGUCUUCUGUUGCACUUGUUCCAACGCCCAGAGGAUUUGCAUCAUCCUGCGCAGUUUGGGUUUCAAGGCGCUGGUGAUCCACGGGCAGAUGAGUCAGAACAAGCGCCUUGCCGCGCUGAACAACUUCAAGGUGAGAGGAGGAGCUGGAGAUGUUGGAAGGGAGACGAUCUAG